CCCAACUUUCCUUAGGAGCACGCGCUGCGUGUCUGGACCUCUUUACGCCACAGGGACUUUGUUUCACUCUGCUUUUCCCCACGAGAUGUUGAUUGUGCUCGUGCGAAGGCACUGUAUCUUCGCCUCACCGUCUCACAAACGAUUAUAGCCUACUAGAGAAACAUUUUCAUUUUCUUAUUGGUCACUGACAACUCCGGAGCCAAUACUCGCGCGCAGAGCGCACAGGUACACACUUCCUCCUGAACAGGGACUGUCAGAGCAGCAUCGGGAUUUUCUAUCUUACUAUUGAUUCUAAUUUGGAUGCAAAAGUGAUCGAUCUGUUGGAAUUGGUUUGUUCAAUGACUUGGAAGACUUGAUCGGGAGUUAUAUUUCGAGAGCUGUUACAAUAAGAGAUUUAAUAAAAAUACACCUUCUGUGCGACUGGAGGUUGGUCAACCAUGCAGUUGGAUGGUCUGUGGACAGUCCACACCCUCCUGGCACUGUCCAGCUUCGCUCUGGGGGACCUGAUGAGCCAUGACCCACUGGCCGCACCCCGUGUUUUCAUUUCCUUCAAAGAGCUGAGAUCCACCGGCACUGCUCAUCACUUCGCCUACCUUCUCAACACUUCAGAUUACCGGAUCCUGCGUAUGGAUGAGGACCAUGAUCGCAUGUACGUUGGCAGCAAGGAUCACAUCUUGUCCCUGGACCUCCAUGACAUCAACAAGGAACCCCAUAUUAUCCACUGGCCAGUGUCUGAACGGAGAAGGAUGGAGUGCCUUGUGAGUGGGAAGGACGCCAAUGAGGAGUGUGCUAAUUUCAUCCGCCUGGUUGAGCCAUGGAACCGGACUCAGCUCUACAUCUGUGGGACAGGAGCUUACAAUCCAGUUUGUACUUUUGUAAACCGCGGACGCAAACCUCAGACGUCCAUGUAUCUGCAGAUGGCCCAGGCCAGAGGAAGGGCUAGCCGCGCAGCUGAACCCAGCGCUGUGCACGAGACACUUGGAUUAAAGGAAGAUAUCUUCCAUUUGGAGCCUGGAAAAGUGGAAUCUGGGAAAGGAAAGUGCUCCUACGACCCGAAGCUCAACAGCGUGUCAGCUUUGAUCAAUGGUGAGCUGUAUGCUGGGGUCUAUGUUGACUUCAUGGGAACAGACUCUGCCGUUUUCCGUACUUUGGGAACAAAGACGGCCAUGCGGACAGAUCAGUACAACUCCAGAUGGUUAAAUGACCCCACUUUCAUCCAUGUCCACCUGAUCCCAGACAGUGCAGAGAGAAAUGACGACAAGCUGUAUUUCUUCUUCCGGGAGAAGUCCUCUGAGAUGGGUCAGACUCCUGUGACCCAGUCCCGUAUAGGACGCAUCUGCCUGAAUGACGAUGGAGGCCACUGCUGUCUGGUGAACAAGUGGAGCACCUUCCUGAAGGCCAGGCUCAUCUGCUCGGUUCCGGGUGCUGACGGCAUGGAGACGCACUUUGAUGAGCUUCGAGAUGUUUACAUACAGCCAACACAGGACACAAAAAAUCCUGUGAUUUAUGGAGUCUUCUCUGUCUCUGGCUCUGUCUUCAAAGGCUCAGCAGUUUGUGUCUACUCCAUGGCUGACAUCCGCAUGGUAUUCAAUGGACCCUUUGCCCACAAGGAGGGUCCAAAUUACCAGUGGGUGGCUUACACUGGGAAGAUCCCCUACCCCCGACCAGGCACAUGCCCUGGAGGUACAUUCACCCCCAACAUGAAGUCCACCAAGGACUAUCCAGAUGAAGUGAUUAACUUUAUGAGGAAUCACCCUGCCAUGUACAAUGCUGUGUACCCAAUACACAAGCGCCCCCUAGUGGUGCGUACCAAUGUGGAUUAUGAGUUCACCACCAUCACUGUGGACCAAGUUGCGGCUGCAGAUGGAAACUAUGAAGUACUCUUCUUAGGAACUGACAAGGGAACAGUGCAGAAAGUCAUUGUUCUGCCCAGAGAUGACCUGCAGACUGAGGAGCUGGUCUUGGAGGAGGUAGAGGUUUUCAAGGUGAGUCCCGACCCCAUUACAACAAUGAAGAUCUCAUCUAAAAGACAACAGCUAUAUGUGUCAUCUACGUUGGGGCUGACCCAGCUGGCUCUUCACCGCUGUGAUGUGUACGGGGAGGCCUGCGCGGACUGCUGUCUGGCCAGAGACCCUUACUGUGCCUGGGAUGGCAAGUCGUGCUCUCGUUACUCUUCCUCGCAGAAGAGGUCUGACCCGUUUAGACGGAGCCGGCGACAGGAUGUUAAGUACGGGAACCCCAUCCGCCAAUGCAGAGGCUUUAACUCUAAUGCCAACAAGAACACUCUGGAGAUGGUGCAGUACGGGGUGGAGGGGAGCAGUACGUUCCUGGAGUGUCAGGCCCGCUCUCCGCAUGCUGUCAUCAAAUGGCAUCUGCAGAGAGAUAACAGUGACCGCAGGAAAGAGAUGCGUUCUGACGGUAGGAUUUUGAAGACAGAGCAGGGUCUACUCCUGCGCUCUCUGCAGCCCUCUGACUCUGGCAUGUACCAGUGUACAGCCACCGAAAAGAACUUCAAACACACGCUGGUAAAGCUGCAGCUCGUAGUGCUGUCCAGUCGGGCUGUCAACAAUGUGCUUGUGGAGGGUGUAGGAGGGCUGCCGUCUGCCCUACAGUCCUCCAGCACCCAGUGGACCCCCAGCUCAGGCCAGUACAAGGACCUGCUGACCAUCCUGAGCCAGCCAGAGAUGAGCCUGAUCAAUCAGUACUGCCAGGACUACUGGCAGUUUGGAGACCCACUGAUGGGCGCCCUCAAGGCCAAAGACCUGAAGGAGCUCAAGGAGCAGAAGAAGCCCCGCAACCGCCGGCAUCAUGGGGAGGAGGAAGAGGACGAGGAGCAGGAGGAGUUAGAGACAUGAGGAGCCCAGCUUUUGUGUCAUAAUCAUCCUCAGCCACCACCACCCCCCACCCUGUGAAAACUGGGAGAGACUCAUUCAGAGUAGCAACGUGAAAAUAUCCACAAUUCCCCAAAAAAGCAAACUGAGAAAAAAAGAGGCUUACAAACAAAUCCCCACACACUUCCUCUCAAGCAGUAAGAUAUAUGAAACACAGUAUUUAUUGUAGGUUGUAUAUAGUCUGAUUCUGUGGAUUUCUUUGUACUUAAAGAAAAAAACAUGCUCUUUGUGUAUAGGUACCCGUGGGGCAAAUAUUAUUGUUAUAAUGGAUGUUGUUAAUUUUAUUGUUGCUGUUACUGUCAUUACAAAACUCAUUGUCAUAGUCAAAUGACCUCUGCGACUGUUAAGAAUGUGUUAUCAGGCAUGUAAGCUGUUAGAAGCGAGCUCUGAGAAGCUCUCUAUUACAGGAAGAUGAGUAGUUGACGAGAGGUGAUGGGAUCUCUGUUGUUUCUUCUUUACUUUGACUCGAUGCCAGGACUUUUUUCAUUUCUGGACACUCCAGGAUUGCCUGUGAUGUUACCUCCAUGUGGCUGCAUGACAGAGACUUGAUAUUAUGAGGGGACCAUAGACACAUGGUCCCAUUUAUAAACGGGAAAUGAGCUUUCCUCCAUUGGAACCCAGACAGUAAGAUGACUGUUUAAAUGUAUUUUGACUGGUGUAACUGGGCCUUCUAAUAGAAAACUGGUGGUGCUGUCCUUUAAUUUUUCUUCUCUGCCCCUCUUGAUUGUGAGGUUGACGUUAAAAUGUGGACAUUCUCAAUUGUACUCUUCAUUGAGUAAUAUGUAGGUUCAUCUGGCUAUUAGACUCAAGUUUAGGGAAGACUAGAUAACUGUAGUUUGAAACAUUUACAUCAAAGGAAAGUAAGCAUCCGAUCUUUUUCUAUGAAACAUAUAAAGACAUAAAACAUGUUUUUUUCUUCAGAUUAACCAUUGUUCGAACUGAGGUUGAGGUGCAAUAAAUGGUCAUGGUUUUGUAUAAAGGGCAUUAUUCUUUUAUUUUUAAGGGACGUUGGCCCAGGCCAAAUCUAAUAAGCACAUAGCAAGUUGAUUUCUGUAAACAAAAAAUAAGGUAAAAGAGAUGCCAGAUCAGGCAGCAAUUAUUAGCUCUAAGCACACAAGGCAUAUUUUGCUCUUUCUUCCUAUGACCUUCAUAUGUGGAUAAAUCAUAUUCCCCCUUUACACAGAGCAUUGUAACAAUGUUGUGACAUUAACCAAAAUAUUGGGAAGCUGGCUUUCAUUGUGUGCAUGAACCUGUAUUUGUACUGUAAUUCUGUUAAGAAACUGUGUGGUCUUUUUUUUUUCAUCUCUAUGGGUGUACAGUUUGGUCUCCAAGGGACAUUUUGAGUGCAGGGGAAAAUCAGCAAGACAAGUGCUUUAAAUAUGUCUUCAAUUAAAAUUUCCUCUGUUAGUGGCACCACAAGAUACACUUUUUCAUUUUCUUUCAAUACAUUAGCUAUGAAUAGAAAUUAACUGAUGUGAUCAUUACUGAUCAUGUGGAAAGUAUCAUUUUAAAAAUACAAAAGCAUGAUGUUGUAGAAGACGAGUUAUUAAAGGUGAGUUAGAGGUUUUUUUAUUUUUUAUUUUUAUACCCAACUUCUCAUUCAACAACCUAUACGUUCAAAAACUGAUUUGUCAGGAAUUAAAUUUAAAAGCAUUGUAAAAAAAAAAAAAAAAAAAAAAAAAAAAGAGAGAGAUUAUAAAAACAGCUGAAACAGUUUACAUUUUAAAGGCUUUCAAAUCACCUUGUCAAGCAUGUCCACAUCCUGUAUAAACCUGCUUUGAAAGCUUCUGGGAAAAUGUAUCCAUAAUUAAUACAGGGGAACAACUGUCUGUCCACAGCUAAUACAGGCAAAAAUGCAAAGAAAGGUUGUACAAUUUGUUAGUAUUUUUUAAAUAUGUGUCAGUAGUUUUGAGUGUUUUGUUUGUUUUGUAUUUUUGCAUCAUCUUCUUUGAGGAAAAAAAAAGAAAAAACACUAAAUGCACAGAGGUGAUUUUAUUGUUAUGACUUGUGUAAAUUGCUCUAUCUCCCUUCUCCAUUGUUGUUGCUGACUAAUAAAUUAAAAGCUCUAUAUUUUAUAAGAACGGAAUGCUCCCCAUCCCCCCUUCAUUGUGAUUGGCUUGAUAUCUGAUGUUGUCCAUGUUCUGCCCAGAGCCAUCUGGAUCCCUGGAAUAAAGUUGUAACUGUUCAAGAGA